AUUAGGUCAACGAUGAAUAUCAGUACUCUUUGUAUUCGUUAUUAUAAUUUUUAUAAUUUGCCUUACUGUUGUGCUAGUGAUUUUUAAAUCGAACUUACUAUCAAUGAUAAAUUGUGCUGGCAGGUUUCAGUGAUCUCCAUCUCUCUCUCCCUCUUCCGUUUUUCCUUAGAGAAGAUGAGAGAGAUUUUUCCAGGACUAUGGCCUUGGAUGCUUGCUAUGCUAUUGUUCAUUGUUUUUCUCACAAAAUUGUCAAGAAAUAAGAAGGUAGGGAAAAGAAAAUACAGAUUGCCGCCUGGAAGAAGAGGCUGGCCUUUAGUUGGUGAUAGCUUCAACUGGUACAAUGCUGUUGCAAGUUCUCAUCCUCCUAGGUUUGUCGAAGAACAGGUCAAAAGGUUUGGGAAGAUAUUCUCAUGCAGCCUGUUUGGUAAAUGGGCAGUGGUGUCAGCAGACCCAAGCUUCAAUCGAUUUGUAAUGCAAAACGAAGGGAAAUUAUUCCAAUCAAGCUAUCCAAAAUCAUUCAGAGAUUUGGUGGGGAAAAAUGGGGUAAUCACGGUCCAAGGAGAUCAACAAAGGAAACUACAUGCAAUUGCCUCCAAUAUGAUGCGCCUAGAUAAGCUCAUCAAAUUCCAUUUCUUGGAAGACAUUCAAAUGGUUAUGCUUCAAACUUUGGCCAAUUUCCACAACAAUCAACGCAUUUCUCUCCAGGAUGUGUGCAGAAAGGCAAGUCAUCAGAUCAUCAUCAAACCACAGGUUGCUAUCAAUCAAAUGGUUAAUCAACUCUUGGGAUUUACAAGUGAUUCAGAAGUAAAUGAGAUGGCUCAGUUGUUCUCUGACUUCGUUGAUGGCUGUCUAUCCAUUCCAAUUAACUUACCGGGUUUUGCUUAUCACACUGCCAUGACGGCAAGGGAGAAAAUAAUUGGGAAGAUAUACAACAUAAUUGAGAUGCACAGGCAAAUGCAAUUACAAGGUACAGGUGCAACACAGCAAGGUGGUAUUGGUGUUCUUGGAAGACUUGUAGAGGAAGAAAGCUUACCGGAUGAAGCUGUAGCAGACUUCAUUAUCAAUCUUCUCUUUGCCGGGAACGAAACAACUGCUAAAACCAUGCUUUUCGCCGUUUAUUUCCUCACUCACUGUCCCAAAGCAAUGAAGCAACUUAUGGAUGAACAAGAUGGGCUAAGGGGUAACAGUAAUGGAGAGGAGCUUCUUACAUGGCAAGACUACAAAGCAAUGCCUUUCACUCAAUGCGUUAUUGAUGAAACACUUCGUCUUGGGGGCAUUGCAAUUUGGCUAAUGAGAGAGGCAAAAGAAGAUGUUAAUUACCAAGAUUAUAUUAUUCCCAAAGGAUGCUUUAUAGUUCCAUUUCUUUCUGCCGUUCAUUUGGAUGAAAAUGUGUAUGAGGGAGCUCUAACAUUCAACCCUUGGAGAUGGAUGGACCCUCAAAAUGAGGAAAAGAGAAACUGGAGAAGUAGCCCAUUCUAUGCUCCCUUUGGAGGAGGUGCAAGAUUUUGUCCAGGAGCAGAGUUGGCUCGCCUUCAAAUUGCUCUAUUUCUCCAUUACUUCGUCACUACAUACAGGUGGACCCAACUUAAAGAAGAUCAGUUGUCCUUCUUUCCCUCCGCUCGAUUAGUAAAUGGCUUUCAAAUCCGCUUAACUAAAAGGCAUGAUGAAAUGCAAGAAUUAACUUGAUCAUUU